AUGAUUUCAUAUAUCCUACUAUGUGUUCUUUUAGUCUCUCUUGUGAAUGGAGAAGCUCCGAAAUCUAACGCCAGAUUCUUGGAACAGUUUCAAAAUCUGGAAAGUGCGCCCUAUCCCCCAUCGGGAUGGAGACCCUCUGGACCACAGUUUCGGCUUCCCGAGCCAUCCCAAGAAUACGGCCCGCCAUCCCAAGAGUACGGCCCGCCAUCCCAAGAAUACGACCCUCCUUCACAAGAAUACGGUCCACCAGAAGCUGACUCUACGACCACUACCACUGAUGUACCUACGACAACUUCUUCUGCUGAAUCAGUAACAAUAAACAUUCGAUCAGGAAUAGAUGAACAAGAAAAUGAAGCAUUUGAACGAGAAGAACGCGGUGUCUACUAUAUCUAUCAUCCAAGUGGGUUGUUGCAGAAGGUGAAAUUUGCCACUAAUGACGAUGUGAAGAAUAUGGCGUUCAGUGCCAGGCUCCAAUAUGAAAAUGUUGAACCGAUAAGGGACCCUGUCUUCACCUAUGAUCCAAUAACCUAUCAGUUCAGAAAACUGUGAUCUUUUGAGUUAUUGCUUGUUGACAUAAUAAUAUAGUAUUUUCAACAGUA